GGCACCAGAACCAUCUGCCCCAGCGCCUUGCGACUUUUGCUGGAAGCUAACAUGGAAAACAGCCGCAGGGCAGUUGAAGAUCAACUAAAGAUAUGUGGCCACAAAAGGGAUGCUGAUGUAUUUGAGCUCUUCCUUUCUCAAAAGGAACUGACAGAGGUCAUUGAUCUUUCUAGGUUUAAAAAAUUAAAGUACUUAUGGCUACAUCAUAACAAGCUCCAGGGAAUAACAUUUCUAACUAGAAACUAUUGUCUGACAGAACUGUAUCUAAACAACAAUGCAAUCUUUGAGAUAGAAGGCCUCCACUAUUUGCCUUCAUUGCAUAUCCUCCUGCUACACCACAACGAGUUAACAAGCAUCGAUGCAACUGUGAAGGAAUUAAAGGGGAUGCUAAACCUGAAGACCCUAAGUCUCUAUCAGAACCCUUUGUGCCAAUAUAACCUGUACCGUUUAUAUGUAAUCUACCACCUUCCAGGGAUAGAGUUGCUUGAUCGAAAUCAAGUUACAGAAAAAGAAAGAAGAUCAAUGAUUACUAUUUUUAACCAUAGAAAGGCUCAUGUUAUGCAAUCAAUAGCAUUCAGAGGAAAAGUAGAUGCAUCGUGGAAUCCUAAAUCACCAUUUAAGAAAAAAACAGCCCAGAGGGUACCUUCAGAUUUUACAUUUGCGAAUAAUGUAGAUAAAACUUUGUUUGAUGACCCAGAAGAUGCUGUUUUUGUAAGGUCUAUGAAGAGAUCAAUGAUGACAAUUACCUCUCUGAAUUGGGACACGGUUCCAACAAGAGAGGAAAAAUACCUUGAAGAAGAAGAAACAAAACGUACUCAAAUGCUCACAAUUACACUGAGAUAACCUCUGGUAUUUUUAGAAAUCCUAGUGGUUUUCAGCAGUAAAUUAAAAGUCCCUGUAAUUUAGCAUGUUAUAUAUUUAUUGUAUUAUUUGAAUUGAAACAGAAACACCAAUAAUGAAAAAUAAUCCCUAUAUUUUAUGUGAAGUUUUUGUUCAAGUAAAACAUCCAGAAAUGUACAGAAAUCUUAAUUGUUCAGCUCAACAAAUUUUCAAAAAAUUAAGAUGUUUGUGUAACUGACAUCCUAGAGCUAGAAACAGCGUCUCCAGCACUGUAACAGCCUCUUCAUUCCUGUUACCAGCCCUGUUACCAGUAACUGCCCUUCAAAAGUAAUCACUGUCCUGAAAACCAUAAAUUGUGUGUUUUAUAAAUGGAA